AUGGGCGACCUGCAGCAUUUCUGUCUGCGCUGGAACAACUACCAGAACAGCAUCACCACAGCGUUCGAGAAUCUGAGGGACGAUGAGGACUUCAUCGACGUGACGCUGGCAUGCGACGGCAAGAGUCUAAAGGCCCACCGGGUGGUCCUGUCCGCGUGCAGUCCAUAUUUUCGGGAACUGUUGAAAAGUACGCCGUGCAAACACCCAGUGAUCGUGUUGCAAGACGUCGUUUUCGACGACUUGCAAGCGCUGGUUGAGUUCAUCUACCACGGUGAGGUAAACGUCCACCAGAGGAACCUGAGCUCGUUCCUAAAGACCGCCGAAGUUCUCAGGGUCAGCGGUCUCACGCAACCGUCCGAUUCCACUACCGCCAACGACCAUGCCGCGAGGCAGUCAUCCGAGACACCACCCGCGGAAAACUCGUGGUCGUUCGCCACACAAGCAUCCGAGGGCAGAGUGUCGCCACAGGUCAGACAGAGGAAAGGUUUUCCGCAACAAUCACCGUCGUCCAUACCUUCACCGCGGUCAAAGGAAAACUCUCCGAUACCGUUGAAACGCACCAGCAAGACUUCGUCGAACCCGUCUUCGGGCGGCGGUGGCGGUGGUGCCAUGCCCAUCGGUGGCGGAGGCAUGGACCUGUCCGAGAGGACGUCUCAACACAGUCCCAGCUCGGCGGGCAGCCGGCCCAACUGCAUCGACGACGACGACGCGGGCGAACGUUCGGACGGUGGCCUUGGCGGCGUCAUCGGCAGUAACGGCCACAGCAACGGACAUCUACCACACAACCUCCACCAACACCAGCAGCAACAGCUCCAAGACGAACCUCCGAUGGACUAUUCGAGGACGCACCAAAACCACCAGCAACAGCAACAGCCACCACCUAACGCCCUGCAACAGCUGCAGGACACUGCGCAGAACCUGAUGAUGUCCCGCCGGUCGCCAGCCGAAGUCAAGACCGAGCCGAUGGACACCACGCCCGUGGCGGCCGUCAACAGCGGCAGCGCGUACGCGGACGACAGCAACGACUCGGCGGCCGACUUCACGGGCGUCCACCCGGCCAUCGGCAUGUCCGAACCAGACGACACGUCCUACCAGAGCCACCACUCGUACCUGGACAGCAAGUUCUUCGCGGCCGCAGGCGCCUCGUUCAACUUCAGCAUGGCAGCCGCCAUGGCCGCAGACUCGUUAGCGGGUCUCAACAAUCACAACCAUACCAACGUGAUGGAGGCUCUAGGAGGCUCCAGUUCUCAAGACUGGUCAGAGGCUGGUGGCGGAGGAGUUGGCGGCGGGGGCGCGGAGACGCUGUCCUGUUUCGUAUGCGGCAAGCGCCUGAGCACCAGGUUGACGUUGAAGCGGCACAUCGAACAGCAGCACAACCAGCCUCUGCACUCGGCCGUCUGCAACGUGUGCAACAAAGUGUUCCGCACGCUCAACAGUCUCAACAACCACAAGAGCAUUUACCACCGGAAGCCCAAAGCGUACAAGUCGGCGGGCGGGGGCGGUAACGUGGGGGCGGGGGCGGCGGCGGUAGUGGCUUCGACGGGGGCCACGACCGCGCCGACGACGACGACGACUACUUCCGCGGCGGCGGUCACGUCGUCGUCCGCGUCGCCCGACGGUAACGGCGGCGUGUCCGGAUGCACCAACACCGCCGCCUCCGACGCCGCCGCCUCGUCCGUGAAAAACUUGCCGCCGCUAACCAUGUGGUACAACAACAACAUUAACAACAACAACAACAACAGCAACUGA